AUGUAUCUAUUCGCAAUCGGCUGUAUAUUAUUGGUCCAAACCAUUCGAUACUCCGAGUGUUCUCCAGCGCGAAAAGAAAGACUCUUCGGUAUCGACGUGAUCCCGGCCAAAGCCGACGAAUUUCCAUUCGUGGUGUCGAUCGGUCAGGUGCAGCACAAGCGUCAGUACGGCCACUUUUGCACGGGCUCGCUGAUCACGAAGGAGCACGUCCUCACCUCGGCCCACUGUCUCAUCAACGAGACACCGAGAAAUCUUCGGGUGAGCGUCGGCAUCGAUCUGGAGGAGAGCCCAACGUAUCCGGUGCUCUCUUGGAUCACCUACGACCAGUGGGCUUACAAGUCGGGUCGACGCUCGAGCUUCAAGGAUAACGAUAUCGCCGUCGUAACGUUGGUCGAACCGGUGGAAAAUGCCGAGCCAGCGAACAUCUCCUUUGCCCACUACGAUCGGUCGAAAAAGGUAAAGGCCGCCGGCUGGGGAAAAGCCAACGAGCGGGUGGUGCCGCGCUACCUGCAGAGCCUCGAGCUGCGAAUCGUCGGCAGGGAGGAAUGCGAGUCGAGCAUGUCGGUCAUCACGAACGAGUCCAUGGAGCUGGCCGACAACGUCAUUUGCGCCAAGGGCAGCUCCAAUUCCGUCAUACAAUGCGGAGACAGCGGCGGACCGCUCAUGGACGAGGACAAGAGCAUCAUCGGAGUGACCGAUUCGUUCUUGGCCUGCGACACGCACCUGCUGCAUCCCGACUCGACCAACAUGUUCAUGGACGUGAAGUUUUACAAAAAUUUCAUCGACUCGGUGACGCGUAGCGCGCGCAAACGCAGCAAAUUAUGAACACGUUCUCAAAAAUAUAUUCAUUUUACGCAA